AUAGAAACGCCCCACCCCCCCUUCCUUCGUUCCAAGGGUUAAACAAUACGCACACACAUUCAGUACAAACCCUCUCUCUCUCUCUUCUCUCUCUCUCUCUCUCUCUCUUCGCUUUGAGGUUUCCCCCCCCCCCCCCCCCCCUCGCUCUCUCUCUCUCUCUCCACAUCUCUCUCACAGUCACUUCAUAUCUCGCUCCUCUCCGUCCCGAACCAUCCGACGUGAACCGAUCCUCUCUCUCUAGCAACCGGGUGUAUGUGUAUGUAGCUGUUGCAGUGUGUACAGGUAGAUAAGUGAAGGCGAGAUGACGGCCUUACGGUCGAGCUUGCCGUCGAGGCUACGGCAACUGCUAUCCACGGAAGGCGCUAUCGGUCCCUCGGUUAAACUUGAUUCGGAGCCUCCUCCUAAAAUAAAAGCAUUCAUCGACAAGGUGAUCCAAAGUCCAUUACAGGAUAUAGCAAUACCCCUUUCUGGAUUUCGUUGGGAGUAUGGCAAGGGGAAUUUUCAUCACUGGAGGCCACUGUUUCUGCAUUUUGAGACGUACUUUAAGACAUACUUGUCCUGUAGGAGUGAUCUCCUUUUGACAGAUAAUAGCCUAGAAGAUGAUAGUCCUUUUCCAAAGCAAGCAGUUUUACAAGUUCUACGAGUGAUGCAAAUAAUUUUAGAGAAUUGCCAUAACAAAAGUUCAUUUAGUGGUCUGGAGCAUUUCAAGGUCCUGCUUGCAUCAACAGAUCCUGACAUUCUAAUAGCUACCUUGGAAACUCUUUCUGCAUUGGUGAAAAUAAAUCCUUCCAAACUACACGUGAGUGGUAAAUCAGUUGGAUGUGGCUCCGUGAACAGCUGUCUUCUGUCUCUAGCACAGGGAUGGGGAAGCAAGGAAGAAGGUUUGGGUUUGUAUUCAUGUGUUAUGGCAAAUGAAAGGACCCAAGAGGAAGGGCUGUGCUUGUUCCCAUCCGAUGCACCCAAUGACUGUGACAAGUCCCAGUACCGGUUGGGAUCAACACUUUACUUCGAAUUCCAUGGUGCCAAUUCCCAAUCUACUGGGGAAGAAGGUGAUGGUUCAAAGUCUUCUGGAGGGUGUGUCAUUCACCUUCCGGAUCUCCAUUUGCGGAAGGAGGAGGAUCUAGUUCUAAUGAAGCAGUGUGUUGAGGAGUACAAUGUACCUCCUGAGCACAGAUUCUCCUUGCUUACCAGAAUCAGAUAUGCUCAUGCCUUUUGUUCUCCUAGAAUAUGCAGGCUCUACAGUCGGGUCUGUCUUCUGGCAUUCAUUGUUCUUGUUCAGUCUAGUGAUGCUCAUGAUGAACUAGUGUCCUUUUUCGCUAAUGAGCCAGAGUAUACAAAUGAGCUAAUCAGGAUUGUGAGGUCUGAAGGGACUGUUCCUGGAACCAUUAGAACACUUGCAAUGCAUGCCUUGGGGGCUCAAUUAGCUGCAUAUGCAUCAUCUCAUGAACGGGCACGGAUCUUAAGUGGAUCAAGCAUUAGUUUUGCUGGAGCGAACCGCAUGAUUCUGCUGAAUGUGCUGCAGAGGGCCAUUUUUUCACUGCAUAAUUCCAAUGACCCAUCGUCCAUUGCAUUUGUUGAGGCACUUCUACAGUUCUAUCUGCUCCAUGUUAUAUCUUCUUCAACUUCUGGGAGUGUUGUCCGAGGGUCAGGUAUGGUUCCAACGUUCUUACCGCUUUUGGAGGAUUCUGACCCUAUGCAUAUGCAUCUUGUGUGUCUUGCUGUGAAAACCUUACAAAAGCUCAUGGACUACAGUAAUACAGCAGUAACGCUUUUCAAAGAUUUGGGGGGAGUAGAGCUUUUGACCCAUAGACUAGAGAUAGAAGUUAAUAGGGCCAUUGGUUUGGCUGGAGAAAAUGAUAAUUUGAUGGUUGUUGAAUGCUCAAGGUACAAUGAUGAUCAGUUGUAUGCACAGAAAAGACUGGUUAGGGUUCUGUUGAAGGCCCUUGGGUCUGCUACUUAUGCACCGGCAAACACUACAAGGUCCCAGAACUCCCAUGAUGCUUCCUUGCCAGCCACUCUGUCGUUGAUAUUCAAAAAUGUGGACAAAUUUGGAGGUGAAAUUUAUUCCUCAGCUGUGACUGUAAUGAGUGAAAUUAUUCACAAGGACCCUACGUCCUUUCCUGCCUUACAUGAAUUGGGUCUUCCGGAUGCUUUUUUAGCUUCAGUAGUGGCUGGAAUUCUCCCUUCGUCAAAGGCUCUCACUUGCAUUCCUAAUGGUCUUGGUGCCAUUUGUCUUAAUGCCAAAGGCUUGGAAGCGGUGAAAGAAACUUCUGCGUUACGGUUCCUUGUUGAUGUCUUCACUUCAAAGAAAUAUAUAGUAGCAAUGAAUGAAGGUAUUGUCCCUUUGGCAAAUGCUGUGGAGGAGCUCCUGCGACAUGUAUCUUCUCUGAGAGGCACUGGUGUUGAUCUAAUCAUUGAGAUUGUUAAUAAAAUUGCUUCCAUAGGAGAUGGUUGUGCAGUAUCAUCCGGAAAAGUCGGUGGGAGUACGGGAAUGGAAAUGGAUUCUGAAGUCAAGGAAAAUGAAGCUUCUUGCAGCCUGGGUAGUUCAACAGAUUCCACUGCAGAAGGCAUCAGUGAUGAGCAGUUUAUCCAAGUAUGUAUCUUUCAUGUGAUGGUUCUAGUUCACAGGACAAUGGAAAAUGCUGAAACCUGUCGGUUAUUUGUGGAGAAGUCAGGGAUUGAAGCUUUACUUAAACUUCUAUUGCGGCCGAGUAUCGUGCAGUCAUCUGAAGGGAUGUCUAUUGCUUUACAUAGCACCAUGGUUUUCAAGGGCUUCACUCAACAUCAUUCUGCUCCUUUGGGUCGUGCUUUCUGCUCCUCUCUCAGGGAUCAUCUUAAGAAAGCUUUGACUGGAUUUAGUAUCACUCCAGGAGCCUUUCUACUGGACCCUAGGACGGCUUCUCCAGAUAGUGAAAUAUUUCCCUCCCUUUUCCUGGUCGAAUUCCUUUUGUUUCUUGCUGCCUCAAAGGACAACCGUUGGGUAACUGCAUUGCUUACUGAAUUUGGAAAUGAAGGCAAGGAUGUACUGGAUGACAUAGGUCGUGUUCACCGUGAAGUUCUAUGGCAAAUUGCUCUACUGGAAGAUGCUAAUUUUGAGACGGAGGACGAUACUGCUGCUGGUUCUGGUGCUGAGUCACAACUAUCAGAGUCUAAUCCAAAUGAAGCUGAAGAGCAAAGAUUCAAUUCCUUUAGACAGUUUCUGGAUCCGUUGCUGAGAAGAAGGAUGUCAGGAUGGAGUUUUGAAUCACAGUUUUUUGACCUUAUAAAUCUGUACCGUGAUCUUAGUCGUGCUUCUGGUCUUCAGCAAAGGCAGGGUAUGGAUAUUCCUCCAAGUCUACGGCUUGGAGCCAGUCAUCAUUCGCAACAGUCUGCUUCUUUGGAUGGCGUUGACAGUAGUAGAAAGGAAGAUGAUAAGCAGAGAUCCUAUUAUUCUUCUUGUUGUGACAUGGUGAAGUCCCUUUCUUUUCACAUUACCAAUUUGUUUCAAGAAUUGGGAAAAGUAAUGUUGCUUCCAUCUCGUCGACGGGAUGAUACGCUGAAUGUAUCACCUUCUUCAAAAUCGGUGGCUUCUGCCUUCGCAACCAUUGCGCUGGACCACAUGAAUUCCCCUGGAUCAGACGUGUCAAAGUCAACUAAGUGCCGCUACCUUGGCAAGGUUAUUGAUUUCAUUGAUUUUAUUCUACUGGACAAGCCAGAUUCGUGCAAUCCGGUUUUGGUAAAUUGUUUAUAUGGCUGUGGGGUUGUUCAAUCAGUUUUGACCACAUUUGAAGCCACCAGUCAGUUGCUUUUUUCACUAAAUAGGGCUCCUGCUUCCCCAAUGGAGACUGAUGAUGGGAUUUCAAAGCAGGAUGUCAAAGAAGAAACAGAUCAUGCUUGGAUUUAUGGUCCCCUGGCCAGCUAUGGAAAAUUAAUGGACCACUUGGUGACUUCAUCUUUCAUUUUGUCUCCUUUUACGAAGCACUUGCUCAUACAGCCUCUUAUAAUUGGGGAUAUUCCGUUCCCACGGGAUGCAGAGACAUUUGUUAAGAUCCUUCAAUCCAUGGUGCUUAAGGCAGUGCUACCUGUUUGGACUCAUCCUCAGUUUACUGAUUGCACCUAUGAUUUCAUUGCGGCUGUUGUUUCGAUAAUUCGGCAUAUUUAUUCUGGUAUUGAGGUGAAAAACAUUUCUAGCAGCGGUGGGCCUCGCGCCAGUGGUCCUCCACCAAAUGAAUCAACCAUUGCAACAAUUGUGGAGAUGGGGUUUUCCAGGUCCAGAGCGGAAGAAGCUUUAAGGCAGGUUGGAUCAAAUAGUGUGGAGCUGGCAAUGGAAUGGUUAUUCUCGCAUCCCGAGGAAGCCCAAGAAGACGACGAACUCGCUCGCGCUCUGGCCAUGUCACUUGGGAAUUCUGGAUCAGAAACAAAGGAAGAUGUUGCUGACGAAAAUAGUCAGCAUAUUGAAGGGGAGAUGGUCCAACCGCCUCCUGUUGAGGACUUAUUAUCUACAUGCACGAAGCUGUUACAAAUGAAAGAAUCUCUGGCUUUUCCAGUUCGAGACCUUUUAGUUAUGAUAUGCUCCCAAAAUGAAGGUCAAUGCAGGUCAAAUGUUAUUUCUUAUGUUGUAGAGCAGGUGAAGCUUUCGGAGAGUGGAAAUGGAAACAUGCUGUAUGCUCUUUUUCAUGUUCUCGCUCUAAUUUUUCAUGAAGAUGCAGCAGCCCGAGAAGUUGCCUCUAAAACUGGUGUUGUGAAGGUUGCCUCAGAUUUACUCUCAGACUGGGUGUCUAAUUCAAGUGAAGGGGAUGGAUCCCAAGCUCCAAAGUGGGUAACAUCAGCUUUUCUUGCAAUUGAUCGGCUGUUGCAAGUGGAUCAAAAGUUGAAUGGUGAUAUUUCAGAGCUGUUGAAAAAGGAUGAUGUUGGUGGCCAUCAGACAUCUAUAGCAAUUGACGAGGAUAAGCAGAACAAGUUGCAGUCAGUUUUGGGAUGCUCUGUAAAGAACAUAAAUAUAGAGGAACAGAAAAGACUUAUUGAGAUUGCUUGUGGUGCUAUUAGGAACCAGCUUCCUUCUGAAACCAUGCAUGCUGUUUUGCAGCUAUGUUCUACUCUCACUAGAACGCAUUCUGUCGCUUCUAGUUUUCUUGAUGCUGGGGGUUUGCCCUUGCUGCUUUCCUUGCCAACAAGUAGCCUGUUCGUUGGCUUUGACAGUAUAGCUGCUACAAUAAUUCGUCAUAUACUGGAAGAUCCCCAGACUCUCCAGCUGGCAAUGGAAUCUGAGAUACGACACAGUGUUGUGACCGCUGCUAACCGACAAUCAAAUGGGAGACUUACCCCCCGCAGCUUUCUCUUAAAUUUGACUUCUGUCAUCUUGCGGGAUCCAGUGAUAUUUAUGCAGGCUGCUCAGUCUGUGUGCCAAGUUGAGAUGGUGGGUGAGAGGCCGUAUAUUGUCCUGCUGAAAGAUCGGGAUAAGGAUAAACUCAAAGAGAAAGAAAAAGAGAGAGAAAAAACAGUGGAGAAAGAGAAAGCACAGACUCCUGGGAAUGGGACUAGCAAACUUUCUGAUGCUAAUUCGAAGAAUGUGAAAGGCCAUCGAAAACCCCCUCAGAGUUUUGUUAAUGUGGUUGAGCUUCUAUUAGAUUCAGUUAUAACUUUUGUACCGCCCUUGAAAGAAGACUCUUUGGUGAGGGAUACCUCUUCAUCAGUGGACAUGGAUAUCGAUGCGAGCGUGAACAAGGGGAAAGGUAAGGCUGUUGUUACUCUAUCUGAAGAGGAUGAGGCUAAUAACCAGGAACUUUCUGCAGCAUUGGCGAAGAUUGUAUUCCUUUUGAAGCUUUUGACAGAGAUUCUCUUGACGUAUUCUUCGUCCAUUCAUGUUUUGCUCCGUCGAGAUGCUGAAGUUAGUAGUUUCAGGGGCCCUCCUCAACGAGGUCCUGCUGGUCACUGCACUGGUGGAAUAUUUCACCAUUUUCUCCACAAGUUUCUCCCCUACUCUAGAGGUUCAAAGAAGGAAAAGAAGACCGAUAUCGACUGGAGGCACAAAUUAGCGAGCAGGGCUAGCCAGUUUUUAGUGGCAUCUUGUGUUCGGUCCACAGAGGCAAGGAAGAGAGUUUUCCUCGAAAUCACCAAUGUCUUCAAUGACUUUAUAGAUUCUUCUACUGGUUUUAGGCCACCAGGAAAUGAUAUCCCUUCAUUAGUAGAUCUGCUCAAUGAUGUAGUUGCAGCACGAACACCCACGGGUUCAUACAUUUCGGCAGAAGCAUCUGCUACUUUUAUUGAUGUUGGUCUGGUGACGUCAUUGACACGUGCUCUCCAGGUUUUAGACCUGGACCAUGCUGAAGCUCCCAAAGUUGUUACAGGGCUUGUUAAAGUUCUUGAGAUAGUGACCAAGGAACAUGUCCAGGCUUCUGAUUCUAACUCUAGCAAGGCUGAAAAUUCAACAAAACCUCCUCCUGAUCAGAAUCCACGUGAAGGAAUAGAUAACAGCGGUGACAUAUCCCAGUCCAUAGAAAUUAGUUCUCAACGUAAUGAAAAUUCCGUGGCAGUUGAUCGCAUGGCAUCUUUUGAGACUGCCCAUGCAUAUGGUGGAUCUGAAGCUGUUACUGAUGAUAUGGAACAUGACCAGGAUCUUGAUGGGGGAUUUCCACCUACGGCCGAAGAUGAUGAGUAUAUGCAUGAAACUCCUGAGGGCAUGCGUGGUCUUGAAAAUGGCCGUGAUACAGUGGGGAUUAGAUUUGAUAUCCAACCACGUGACCAAGAGAAUAUUGGUGAUGAGGAUGAUGAUGAGGAUAUGUCAGGGGACGACGAAGAUGAUGUGGAUGAGGAUGAAGAUGAGGACGAUGAGGAACAUAAUGAUCUGGAAGAAGAUGAAGUUCAUCACCUUCCACAUCCAGACACCGAUCAGGAUGACCAUGAAAUUGAUGAGGAUGAGUUUGAUGAGGAGGUGAUGGAGGAAGACGAUGACGAUGACGAUGAUGAUGAAGAGGAUGGAGUUAUACUUAGGCUUGAGGAGGGAAUCAAUGGGAUAAAUGUUUUUGACCAUAUUGAGGUUUUUGGUAGAGAUCAUAGCAUCGCCAAUGAAACUCUUCAUGUGAUGCCUGUUGAAGUGUUUGGCUCUAGGCGCCAGGGGCGUACUACGUCAAUUUAUAAUCUCUUGGGGAGAACUGGAGACAAUGCUGCCCCAUCACAGCAUCCACUACUGGUGGAACCUACUUCGUCACUGCACACAGCUCCCCUCAGGCAAUCAGUUAAUACCAGGGAUGUUGGCUCUUCUGAUCGAAACUCUGGAAACACCCCAUCACGUCUAGAUGCUAUUUUCCGGUCACUGAGGAAUGGGCGUCAUGGACACCGAUUUAAUUUGUGGACAGAAGAUAACCCGCAAACUGGUGGAUCAAAUCCAUCUGCAGUUCCCCAAGGGCUUGAAGAUCUUCUUGUUUCCCAGUUAAGACGUCCAACUCCUGAGAAACCUUCUGACGAGAACACGGUGCCCUCAGAACCUCAAAGUAAAAAUGAGGUCAGUCAAUUUCAAGAAUCUGCUGGGAUGACACCUGAAACUCCUGCUGAGAACAAUGGAAACACUGAAAACAAUUAUGUGCCUCUGCCCUCGUCUGUCCCAAUGGAUGGUUCUGAUAAUGCUGAUAUGAGGCUUACUGCAAGUGAAUCUCUACAGGAAAUGGAUGCAUCAAGUACACACUCUCAAUCUGUUGGAAUGCAGUUUGAACAAAGCGAUUCAAAUGUUCGAGAUGUUGAAGCAGUGAGCCAAGAAAGCAGUGGAAGUGGUGCUACUUUGGGGGAGAGCCUCCGUAGUCUGGAUGUUGAAAUCGGGAGCGCCGAUGGCCACGAUGAUGGUAUUGGAGAAAGGCAAAUUUCAAGGAGGGCAAAUGUGUCUUUUGGAAAUUCUACACCGGUAAGCGGCAGAGAUGCUCCUCUUCACAGUUUGACAGAAGUUUCUGAAAAUCCUAGCCAAGAAGCAGAUCAGGGCGGUCAAGCAGAGGAGUUGCCGGCGAAUGGUGAUGGUGGUUCUGGAUCAAUUGACCCUGCAUUCCUAGACGCCCUCCCUGAGGAGUUGCGUAGCGAAGUUCUUUCUGCACAACAGGGUCAAGAGAGGCAGCAUUCAAAUGCAGAACCACAAAAUGCUGGGGAAAUAGAUCCAGAAUUUCUUGCAGCCCUUCCGCCUGACAUCAGAGAAGAAGUUCUUGCACAACAACAGGCACAAAGACUUCAUCAAUCACAGGAACUUGAAGGCCAACCUGUGGAAAUGGACACCGUCUCCAUAAUUGCCACAUUUCCAUCAGAUUUGCGUGAAGAGGUACUCUUGACGUCUUCUCAUGAUAUUCUUGCCAAUCUCACACCUGCCCUUGUUGCGGAGGCGAAUAUGUUGCGUGAAAGAUUUGCAAAUCGUUAUAAUAGAACAUUGUUCGGUAUGUACCCUAGAAACCGAAGGGGUGAGUCGUCUCGACGCGGUGAAGGUAUUGGUUCUAGCUUGGAUAGAGCUGGUGGAAUCCUUGCUCGUAGGUCUAUGGGAAGUAAGCCAGUUGAAGCUGAAGGGGCUCCUUUGGUUGACACGGAAGCUCUGAGAUCCAUGGUUCGACUGCUUCGGGUUGUUCAGCCACUUUAUAAAGGUCAGUUGCAGAGGCUUCUCUUGAAUUUAUGUGCUAAUAGUGAAACCAGAUCUGCUCUGGUGAAAAUCCUGAUGGACUUGUUGAUGCUCGAUAUCUGGAAGCCUGUCAAUAAUUCGAGUGCCUCUGAGCCUUCUUAUAGGUUGUAUGCUUGCCAGAGUCACGUUAUGUAUUCACGGCCUCAAUCUUUUGAUGGUGUACCGCCUUUGGUGUCGCGGCGUGUUCUUGAAACCCUGACCUACUUGGCUCGAAAUCACCCUUAUGUGGCAAAUAUUUUGCUUCAGUUUAAGCUGCCUCGGCCACUCCAACAAGAGUCAGAAAAUCUUGAUAAGGCACGUGGCAAAGCUGUGAUGAUUCUUAAAGAUGACGUGGCAGAAGGAAACAGCCAACAGGAAGGAUACUUCGCCAUUGCAUUGCUUUUGAGCCUUUUGAAACAGCCUCUGUAUUUGAGAAGUAUAGCGCAUCUUGAACAGCUACUGCACCUAUUGGAGGUAAUCAUUGAUUAUGCUGAAAGCAAGUCUAGUUCGUCUAAUGCAUCUGGGGUGUCUGUUGCGGAACAAACAUCUGGGCUUCAGAUUGCAACGGCAGAUGCUGAAAUAAAUACAGGCUCUGGUGUCAAAUCCUCUGGCUCUGAUAUCACAUCCUCAAAGCCUGAUGGUUCCUCCAAACCCUCUGCUUUAAGUGCAGAUGCAGAUUGUGAUACUCAAACUGUUGUUGAUAGCCUACCACAAGCAGAACUUAGACUUCUAUGCUCACUUCUUGCACGAGAAGGGCUGUCGGAUAAUGCCUAUGCUCUCGCUUCGGAGGUAUUAAAGAAGUUAGUCGCAAUUGCUCCAACCCACUGUCAUCUGCUCAUCACCGAGCUUGCUAAUUCUGUGCAAAAUUUAACGAAGUCUGCAAUGAGCGAGUUACACAUGUUUGGAGAAGUGGAAAAGGCACUGCUCACUACUUCAUCAUCCGAUGGUGCAGCAAUUUUGAGAGUGUUGCAGGCAUUAAGCUCGCUGGUUGCUGGAAUCAAUGAGAAAGAGAAAGACCAUCCAAUUCUUUCUGAAAAGGAGUUCACUGCUGCUAUUUCUCUGGUAGGUGACAUCAGCACAGCUUUGGAGCCUUUGUGGCUGGAGUUAAGCACUUGCAUAAGCAAAAUAGAAAGCUAUUCGGAUUCCCAACCUGAUUUAUUAGAUAAAUCUGCUCUUUCCUCGCCUAAACCAUCUGGUGUAGUGCCUCCACUUCCUGCUGGUACUCAGAACAUCUUGCCAUACAUAGAAUCGUUCUUUGUGAUGUGUGAGAAAUUACAACCAGGGCAAUCAGGUGCAAAUCAUGACUUUGGUAUUUCUGUAAUUUCUGAAGUUGAAGAUGCCACCACUUCUACUAGUCAGCAGAGAGCUUCAGGGGCUAUUUCAAAAGCAGAUGAGAAA